UUUGCUUCCGGGUCGCAGCUUGGGGUCGGGGGUAACUUACCUCCGCGGUGGUGCCAGCAGAAGCGAGCCGGCAGGUCUCAGCCUGGGCAGCAUGUCCCUGUUCCGGUCGGGCCUCCUGGUGCUGACGACGCCUCUGGCCUCCCUGGCCCCCCGCCUGGCCCCUAUCCUGACCUCCGCCGCCCGGCUGGUGAAUCACACCCUCUAUGUCCACCUGCAGCCGGGCAUGAGCCUGGAGGGUCCAGCCCAGCCGCAGUCCAGCCCCGUGCCGGCCACUUUUGAGAUCCUGGAUUUCAUCUCGCACUUCUAUGCCGGCGCCGAGGUCCACAGGCACCUGGACGUCAGAAUCCUGCUGACCAAUAUUCAACCCAAGAGCAAUUAUCACCCUGCCCUGCCCGAUUCCGUCCAGAACUUGGCCCAUCCGCCAGAAGUGGUGCUCACCGACUUCCAGACCCUGGACGGAAGCCAGUACAACCCGGUCAAGCAACAGCUGGAGCGUUAUGCCACCAGCUGCUACAGCUGUUGUCCACAGCUGGCCUCCGUGCUGCUGUAUCCUGACUAUGAGCAAUUAGAGCCGCCUGUGGCCGCCCCGGAGGUCCCCUUGCCCUCCACCGUCAGGCCAUGCUCCCCAGUAGCCAGGUCUCCAAAGCAGCCUGUGCGGGGCUACCAGCGUGGGGCUGUGGGCGGCACCUUUGACCGCUUGCACAAUGCCCACAAGGUGUUGCUCAGUGUUUCGUGCAUCCUGGCCCAGGAGCAGCUUGUGGUGGGAGUAGCCGACAAAGACCUCUUGAAAAGCAAGGUGCUCCCUGAGCUGCUCCAGCCCUACGCAGAGCGCGUGGAACAUCUGAGUGAGUUCCUGGUGGACAUCAAGCCCUCCUUGGUCUUUGAUAUCAUGCCCCUGCUGGACCCCUAUGGGCCCACUGGCACUGACCCCUCCUUGGAGUUCCUGGUGGUCAGCGAGGAGACCCACCGUGGGGGGAUGGCCAUCAACCGCUUCCGCCUUGAGAAUGGCCUGGAGGAACUUUCCUUGUACCAGAUCAAGCUGUUGAAGGACCAGAGCCCACAGGAAAAUGAAGAGGACAAAGUCAGUUCCUCCAGCCUCCGCCAGCGAAUCCUCGGAGAGCUGCUUCGGCCUCCAAAUAAGAGGCCUGAGCUCCCCCCAUCUCUGUAUGUGAUUGGACUGACAGGCUUCAGUGGUUCGGGGAAGAGCUCCAUAGCUAAGAAGCUGAAGGCCUUGGGCGCUUUUGUUAUCGACAGUGACCAGCUGGGCCAUCAGGCCUACACCCCAAGCGGUCCUGCCUACCAGGCUGUUGUGCAAGCCUUUGGGACAGAGAUUCUUAAUAAAGAUGGUGUCAUCAACAGGAAGGUCCUGGGCAGCUGCGUGUUUGGGAACAAGAAACAGAUGAAGCUUCUCAGGGACAUUAUGUGGCCUGUUAUUGCAAAGAUGACUAGAGAGAAGAUGGAUGAAGCCGUGGCUGAGGGGAAGAAUGUGUGCGUGAUUGAUGCUGCCGUAUUGCUUGAGGCCGGCUGGCAGAAUAUGGUACACGAGGUGUGGACCGUGAUCAUCCCUCAGACGGAGGCUGUCCGCCGCAUCAUAGACAGAGAUGGCCUGACUGAGGCUGCAGCACUGAGCCGCCUACAGAGUCAGAUGUCUGGGCAGCAGCUUGUGGACCAGAGUCACGUGGUGUUGAGCACCUUGUGGGAGCCUCAGUUCACUCAGAAACAGGUGGAGAAAGCCUGGGACCUCCUGCAGAAGCGCAUCUCCAAGACACUGUAGGCCAUAACUAUCCCUGGACUUCCCUGCAGGGUCAGAUUGACCCAUGGAGGCAUCACAACAAGCAGUAGUAAGGCAGUAUUGGCCUUGGCACUCUGAUCUCAGUCGGGCAGGGCUCAACUGUUGGAUCUGGAAGCCCACCCAGCCUGCUGGCAUUUGGUAACACUAAGGAGAGAGGAGAGUUUAUGGAAGAGCAGGACCCUGCAUUCUAGCCACAUUUGCUGGGGUGCCUGCCAACUGGGACCAGGACAAAUGCUGGAACUUGUAAUGGAAUUAAAGAUCA